AUGGUCAAGAAGCUCGCCCUCGCCUCCCUCUUCUUCACCAGCGGCAGUGUGGACGCCACCGCCGAGAGCAUGUCGUCUCCUCCGUCCAUAUCAGCUGCGUCCUCUCGCAGCAUGGCCGCCUCGUGGCAAUGGCCCUCCUGCGCGCAGGCCAGGACCGCGUCCUUCGACGGCCGCAGCAGUGUGAAGGGGGAGGCGUCCUUGUCGUCGGCGCGCUGGGACUGCUGCAGGACCCGCGUGAUCAUGAACCCAGCCUACUGCGACGACACAGCCGAUAACUCCUUCCUCUCCGCCUCCGGCUCCUCUUCUGCCUCCACUGCGGCGCCGGAGCCGGAGCCGGAGCCCUCGAUGGACGAGGCGGUCAUCCGCGAGAUCCGAGCGUCGAGCCGGCUCUUCUUCGAGCCCGAGGCGACGAAAUCCAUCGUGACGGCGAGCAAGCCGGAGGCGGAUCAGGCAGCGUUCGGCGGGGCGACGGCGCUGGCCAUCGACUCUGCGGACCCGUACGGCGACUUCCGGCGGUCCAUGGAGGAGAUGGUGCUGAGCCGCGGCGGCGGCAGGGGCGAGGACGACUGGGGGUGGCUGGAGGAGAUGCUGGGGUGGUACCUCCGGGCCAACGGCAAGAAGACCCACGGCCUCAUCGUCGGCGCCUUCGUGGACCUGCUCGUCGGCCUCUCCGCCGUCAACAACAAGCAGAGCGGCCAGUGCUAG